AAUACAAUGACCGUGUCCGUUCCAGUUGAAUAUGAAGUUACUUUACCAGAUGGUAAAAAAUUCGAACAACCAGCAGGUUUAUUCAUUAAUAAUGAAUUUGUCAAAUCUGUCAGUGGUAAAACCAUUGAUUCCAUUAAUCCAGCUACUGGUGAAGUAAAUGGUUCAGUUUAUGCUGCUGAGGCUGAAGAUGUUGAUAUUGCUGUUGAUGCUGCUAGAACUGCUUUCAAAUCAUGGAAAAAAGUUAGUGGUGUUGACAGAGGUAAACUUUUAUUCAAAUUUGCUGAUGAAUUUGAAAAACAACAAGCUUUAUUAAGUUCCAUUGAAGCUUGGGAUUCAGGUAAAACCAAAGAUCAAAAUGCCAUUUAUGAUGUUGAAGAAUGUAUUGCUGUUUUCAGAUAUUAUGCUGGUUGGGCUGAUAAAAUCCAAGGUAAAUUAAUUCAAAAUGAUGCUAAGAAAUUAGCUUAUACUGUUCAUGAACCAUUUGGUGUUUGUGGUCAAAUCAUUCCAUGGAAUUAUCCUUUAUUAAUGGCUGCUUGGAAAUUGGCUCCAGCUUUAGCUGCUGGUAAUGUUGUUGUCUUGAAAACUUCUGAACUUACUCCAUUAUCAUUAUUAUAUGUGGCUAAAAUCUUUAAAAAAGUUGGUUUCCCACCUGGUGUGGUUAAUAUUUUAAGUGGUUAUGGUGCUACUGCUGGUAAAUCUUUAGCAUCUCAUUUGGGUGUUGAUAAAAUUGCUUUCACUGGUUCAACUGCGACUGGUAAAUUAAUUCAACAAGCUGCUUCAGCAAACUUAAAGGCUGUUACUUUAGAAUGUGGUGGUAAAUCUCCAUUAAUCGUUAGAAGUGAUGCUGAUAUAGAACAAGCUGUUAAAUGGGCUGCUAUUGGUAUCAUGAGUAAUCAAGGUCAAAUUUGUACUUCUACUUCAAGAAUUUAUGUUCAUGAAGAUAUUCAUGAUGAAUUUGUUGAACAAUAUAAAGCUCAUGUUAUUGCUGAUUAUAAACAAGGGGAAAUGUUCGAUGGUGACGCUGUUGUUGGUCCUCAAGUUUCUAAAGUUCAACAUGAUAAAAUCUUAAAUUAUAUUUCUAUUGGUAAAGAAGAAGGUGCUAAAAUUGUUUUAGGUGGUGAAAAGAAUACUGAUGGUGCUUUAUCCAAGGGUUAUUUCAUUAAACCAACUAUUUUCACUGAAGUUCAACCACAUAUGAGAAUCGUCAAUGAAGAAAUCUUUGGUCCUGUUGUUGUAGUUGGUAAAUUCAAGACCGAUGAAGAAGUUGUUAAAUACGCUAAUAGUACUCAAUAUGGUUUAGGUGCUGCUAUCUUCACCAAAGAUAUUACUGUUGCUCACAAUAUGGCCAGUGAUAUCGAAGCUGGUAUGGUGUGGAUCAACUCUUCUAAUGAUUCUGAUAUUCACAUUCCAUUCGGUGGGGUUAAAUUAAGUGGUGUUGGUAGAGAAUUAGGUGAAUAUGGUUUAUCAAUGUAUACUCAAGCUAAAGCUGUUCAUGUUAACUUAGGUACUAGAUUAUAAGAUAGUUAUUCCUAGCUUCAGACAUCCUCUUUUAAUUCGUCAGACUUGCUGUCUCUCUUUAUAUGUAUACACUUUUUGAUAUAGUUAAUGAAAUAGAUAUUCGUUUUGUAAAAAUCAAGUGA